GAUGGAUGCAUAUGCGCAUUGUGGCAGUCGCAGCCUACAGACGGAUAUUCGAAUGGCCGACUCGUAAUUGUCAAGGGAGGGGUCAAUGCAAAGGGUACCAGAGGUCAGAGGGACCCUCGUCGAGUCAACAAAUACGGAUCGGAUUACCGUAACGGAACACGCUCUUUACCUCGGCGGUACGGUACAAGCGUCGUCAACACUGCACCACACGUUGUUUGGGCGACCGCUGGCUGUUCAAUAAUGACGCUUGCUCGGCUGCCGCUGUCGCUCGACUCCGCCUCUUGCGCUGGAUGUUGGCAGCGGGCCAGAUUCUCACGGAACACUCCGCCCCCCAGUUCGCUUCCCGGUUUUCGAGACCUAAACGUUCUAGGGCGGCUACAAUAG